AUGAAUUUUUUCGGUCACAAACCCUCCCUCACGGCGGACCCGCUACAGACAGCCGGACACGAGGAACGAGACGAAGCCGCCUCGAUCACCCCCUCUGGGACAUUGACAGACCUCCACAUUGCGGAAAAUCUAACUAGAAGCCACUUUGAGCAUGCAAUGGAACAAAUGGCGGAUAAACUCAUCCAGACCUGGCAGCAGACGGCCGAUCAAAUUAAAAGAGAGGUGAGAGACCUCUCGGCCCGGACCUCGGCGGUGGAAAAACGCCACACAGAACUAGAGGCCGCACAAACGCUGACCUCGGAACACCUCCAAGACCUCCAACGGAAGGUGGCACUCAUGGAGGACCGCAUGGCAGACCACGAAGACAGGGCACGCAGGAACAACCUGCGGCUCCGCGGUGUUCCCGAGUCUGUCCUCCCUGAAGAUCUACAGGCCUACGCAAGGGGCCUUAUGAGAGCAUAUGCCCCCGACAUACCGGCAGACAUGCUGUUAGUGGACCGGAUCCACAGGGUGGCGAAACCAAAGAACCUGCCGGAUUCAAUACCACGAGAUGUACUCCUCAGGGCCCAUUAUUUUCACAUCAAAGAGCUGGUCCUCCGUGCCCACAGAAGCAAGGCGGACCCACACGAAGACUUUCCAUCCGUACGCAUCAUGCCGGACAUAUCAUCAGCCACCCUGCGCCGAAGGAAGGAUUUUCUCCGGACCACCACGGCACUACGCACCAACG